AAUUAUAAUUUUUUUAAGUGAGAGAGAACGAGAGAGAGAAGUGAACGCUCUCAAAUCAGUUAAGAAUGAAAUGAAAGCAUAAGAAGAUCUUCAACCGCAGAGUAAAUCUCUGCGCACUGGCACCCCUCAGCUGCAUGGGUUGGUCCUGUGCGCUCGUCAGAGGAUACAGAGGCUGCUGUGCUGUUACUUUCUGACAUGUCUGGGAAAGCUUCCAGUGAUAAGGAGCCGCACAGAGUAUUUACCAAACUUUUGGAAGUAUUUCUGACUUUUUCUCAUUUUUCUCGACGUGCGUUGUGUUGAAGUGGCGCGUGUCAAACUUCUCGAGACUGACUGAGGACCGGAGCUUUACUUCUUGGCAUGUAUUUUCAGCUGAUUAAGGGAUUAUAUGCAUUUUAAUACAGGAAUGAUGAGAUGAGAAAAUCUGGCGCUGGGUAGCAGUAAAUACCUAUUUGCAUUGAUUCAGCCAGAUCGCGCGCUGCAUGUUCAAGAUAUGUUUCCUAAACGCACUUACAGGUAAAACCACGGGCGAUCCAACUUGACCGAUUUUGUCUUUUUGUUAAAGAAAAUUAUUUUCUUUCUUUGUUAAGUACUCAAAGAUGGUUUUAAAUAACUUCUGCCUUGUUUUGCACUGAGCAACAGAAUUAUAAACACUUCUAGACAAUAAAUUGGAUCUUAUGACGCUUUCCCGGAUUGUAUCUCUCUACUGACUUAAGUUUUGCUAAAGUUUUCAAACAUGAGGGGAAGGUACACGCUUGGUCUCGGUGUUUUGUGUCUGUUGACAUGGGCUGUUUACGUGUCAGAGAGCAGCCCGACCGAUAAACAAGCCAAACACGGAAUGAUUUCCAUAAGACGAGCAAGACAAAACAAAUCACGACAAGAUCAGAUCAUCAAAACACGUUCUCCUUCUUGGAUCAGUGGUAGACGCCAGCAGAUGCAGGGAGAUGAAGGUAUAAACGUUACCAGCAACGUCCAAUCCAGAAGGGUCUUGGCACAAAGGAGACCAGCACAGGGUGAGUCUAGGAAUCCAAUCCAGCAAGAUGAUGGAACACCUGGAGCCAGGGCCAGAGUGUCCCGCAUGCCAAGCAGUGCUGGUUCUCCAAACUUACUGGCGUCAUUUGCAGGGAAAAACCGCCUGCUGGUUAUUUCCGCACCUCACGACUCUGAUGGUUACUACAGAUUGAUGAUGAGUCUUCUCAAACCUGAUGUUUACUGCGAAUUGGCAGAGCGGCACGUGCAUCAGAUUGUCAUUUUUCACCAGGAAGGGGAAUUGGGUGGGAAAAUCAGACGCAUUACUAACGAAGGCAAGGUGAUGGAAGAGCCGUUAGAUACGACUAUUAUUCCCAGGCUCAUGAACUUUCUUAAAUUAGAAAAAGGAAAGUUUGGGAUGGUCCUUCUUAAGAAGACGCUUCAGGUAGAAGAGCGCUACCCAUACCCUGUCAGACUAGAAGCGAUGUACGAAGUUAUCGACCAGUCACCCAUUCGCAAAAUGGAGAAAGUCAGGCAGAAAGGCUUUGUCCUGAAGUGUAAAGGAGCUGGGGUGGAGGGGCAGGUGGUAGAGGGCGUCCCCAGCACUGAUCCCCAAGUGGACCCACCAAUGGAGAGGAGAAAAGAGAUGCGGAAACCCAUUCGAAGACCGGCUACAACAACUACUCCAACACCAACUAGACCAACGACCACUACCACCACUACCAAAGCAACUACCACCACCACCACACGUCCCCCAACUACAACUCGAUCCACCACCACAACGACAACAACAACGCGGCCGACCACAACACGGACAACCACCACUCCAAGGACGACCAGAGCUCAUACUACCCCACAAUGGAUCCCAGCCCACAAGACCACCGCUGAGCCUUACUAUUACAACCGUAGAGACAGACACCAGACAACCUCACCCACGACACUUCCCGUCUACACCAAAGCUGACACAGCAAAAUACAGGGACAACCACACAGAUAAAAAAGAAUAUAACCACAAACAAACCAGCAUUGUACCUACACAACACAAACAGCCUAAAGUUAAGCCUACAAAGAAAAAAAAUGGCGAUAAGGAAAUUAGCAAUCCAUAUGAAGAGAAAUAUGAAGUAGGUGAGCCCACUGAUGUCUAUCCUGAAGAGAGGGAGAAAGAAAUUGUGCCUGCCAAGAAAGGCAAGGGCAGGUCGGAUAAAAAGAAGAAAAAGGACAAGAAGGACAAGACAGAGAGGAGGGGGAAGGAUGGAAAGGGUGGUAAGAAAAAUGGAAAGAAAGAAUCAAAGAUCCAUGAGAAAGAAGAGUAUCAGAAACCAACAAAAAGACCUCCACCACCACCCCCUCCGCCACCUAAAGGAACUCUGGCAACCUUUUUGGACUAUUUUGAAAGCAAAAGGAGACUAAUUUUGAUCACCUCUCCAACAGAGGAGAACACGAUGUAUGUUCAGCAAAGGGAUGAAUACUUGGAACAUGUGUGUGAGACGGCCAUCAGGAAGGUCUCUAUCAUCACCAUCUUCGGCACGCUUACAAACAGCACCAUGAAAAUAGAUCAUUACCAACUUGAGAAUGACAAGCCCAUGAAAGGUCUGAAACAGGAGGAUUUGGAGAACCAGGAUCUCAUCACAGAGCUGAGGAAAGAGUACGGAAUGACCUACAGUGAUUUCUAUAUGGUCCUCACAGAUCUGGACAUGAAAGCCAAGCAAUAUUAUGAGGUGCCAAUUGCGAUGAAGGCUGUGUUUGAUUAUAUCGACACGUUUUCAUCACGCAUCAGAGAGAUGGAACAACAGAAACGUGAUGGGGUGACGUGUAAAAAAGAAGACAAGCCAAGAUCAUUGGAGAACUUCCUUUCCAGGUUCCGCUGGAGACGGAGGUUGUUUGUCAUAUCUGCACCAAAUGAUGAGGAAUGGUCCUAUCAGCAACAGCUCUAUGCACUAAACAGCCAGGCGUGCAACCUGGGUCUUCGCCAUGUAUCAGUACUGAAGCUGGUGGGGACAGAGCUGAUAGACAUGGGAGGAGUGUUGGAGCUUUACCCCAUCAACGGAAGUGCAACAGUGGAGCGCGAGGGCAUAUCUGCCUCUCUAGUGAGGGACAUUAGAAACUAUUUCCAGAUCAGCCCCGAGUACUUCUCCAUGCUGCUGGUGGGAAAAGACGGAAAUGUCAAGUCCUGGUACCCGUCCCCCAUGUGGUCCAUGGCCAUCAUCUACGACUUGAUCGACUCCAUGCAGCUCCGCAGACAGGAAAUGGCUAUCCAGCAGUCUCUGGGCAUGCGCUGCCCAGAGGAUGAGUACGGUGGCUAUGGCUACCACCAUGGCUAUCAUGAGGGGUACCAGGAUGGUUAUCAUCAGGGUUAUGGCUAUUAAGGUUUACACUUCCACAUAAGACAGUGUCAGGGUAAGAGUAAUAACUGAAAACUUCCCUUUUAACUGGUUUUACAUUUAUCGUAUAGAGCUGUUCAUUUUUAAAGAUGCAUCUCCUCUGCUAUACAUCUGUCUCUUAAUGUUGGUGUAUAUCGUUUCACAUCUAUGGACAUAAUCUUUUGUAGAUAAAGACGUUAACAAAACAUUUGUAUUUAUUGGAUGUCUUCUCUAUAAGUGAUCGUUUUUAAAGGUCACAACCUGCUUUUUCUUGUUAAACUAUGUUUUGAUAUUGUUACUCUAUUUUUAAAGAGCACUGUCGCUGUAUGUUUUAUUUAUAAACGUAUAAAUUGUACUUUAAUUUCAAUAAAAAUAUUAUAUUGCUAUCAUGCCUUUAGAUAUGUUCAAAACAUCGCAAGUCAGCUCUUUUUUUAGCAGAACUUUUGUAGAAUAUAGCUGAGAUUUAAUUUUAAGUGCUUACUAUGUGCUCUGAGUUUUUUCCUUCCUUAUUUUAUAAAGGCACUCAGAUAUAGGCAUAUCAUAUCUCCUUAAG